AUCCGUGUGGAUGGGGUUCUGCCACCAGCCCAGAAUGCUUUGCUGUAUGAGACGGUGACAGUGGUGGAGGGAAAGCCCAUCCUCAGAGACAUGGUGUUUAGUCCAGAUAAUCAGUUCAUUUACCUGCUCAGUGACAAACAGGUGACAAAGCUGCCGGUGGAGAGCUGUGAGCAGUACAGCAGCUGUUCUGACUGUCUGGGCUCAGGAGACCCUCACUGUGGAUGGUGUGUCCUCUUCAACAAGUGUUCCAGACAGGAAGCAUGUGACAAGUGGGAGGAGCCUCAGCAUUUCAACACACACCUGGAUCAGUGUGUUUACAUCUUUGUUACCCCGAGCAACAUGUCUGUCACUUCUCCACCCACACAG